AUGACAGUGAGCUCUGGUGAAAACCUAGCAACAACUGCUGUGGAGGCUGGCUGCUUUUGGUGUUUCCAAUCUCCACAUUUGCUCAAUUUGUUACCUGCAGUGAUCACAGUCAGUCUGUUAUCUGUGACUAUCGCAGUCUGUUUAUUACCUACACUUAUCCCACUCAGUUUGUUGUCUAUGGCUAUCUCAGUCAGUUUGUUGUCUGUGGCUAUCUUUGUCAGCUGGUUACAUACAGCUACCCACAGUCAUCUUUUUAAUAUCUAUCUAUAUCUGUCUAUUCAUAUCUAUCACAGUCUCUUCACUAUCUCUGCUUUUCUAUACCUGAAUCCUGUAUUCAUGACAUUAUUACCCUUUUCUUAUUUCAUGCUUUGCUUAUAUUCAUCAUAUUCUUUCUUCAUUGUUUUUUUUAUUUCCUUUUUACUCACUUUUCUCUCUUUUCUGGCCUUUCCCUCUAAUUUUUCAUUGUCUUUCUUCCAGUAA